UACUCAUAGGCGAAACACUAAAGUGGGAAAGAGAAAGAUGAAUUGGAUCUUCCUAUGUAGCUGCAAGUGACCCGAAUAUUUUCUUCAAAGCUUAUUUACGACGUUUCUCAUUGUCUAUGCUGUAGAUACGCAUCCCGAGCGAUACAUACGGUGUAAAGCUUUUAGUGACAAAUGUAUAGUAAAAAUGAAGGAAAACGCGGUACUUAAGUGGCAAAAAGUCUUCAAUCCCACCGGCCCUCAACCACGUCCCCGGCAUGGCCAUCGCGCGGUCGCCAUCAAAGAUUUGAUGAUAGUUUUCGGCGGCGGAAACGAAGGAAUAGUUCAUGAGCUUCACGUCUUCAACACCACCACAAACCAAUGGUUUGUUCCCGUCACAAAGGGAGAAGUGCCUCCAGGAUGCGCUGCCUACGGUUUCGUGGUCGACGGGACGAGACUUCUGGUGUUUGGCGGCAUGGUCGAGUACGGCAAGUAUUCUAACGAUUUGUACGAACUGCAGGCCUCGCGGUGGGAAUGGAAGCGAUUGAAGCCUCUACCACCCAAGCAGGGACUCCCGCCGUGCCCCAGACUCGGUCACAGCUUCACCCUACUCAAUGGGAAAGUUUACCUUUUUGGAGGUCUGGCGAAUGAAAGUGACGAUCCCAAGAACAAUAUUCCGAGGUAUCUCAACGACUUGUACACUCUAGAACUGUACCCCAAUUCGUCAAUGACGGUAUGGGACAUACCUUUGACUUAUGGCCAGUCACCUCCACCGCGGGAAUCGCACAGUGGUGUGGCCUACACAGACAAAAAUAGUGGCAAAUCAUCCCUAAUUAUUUAUGGUGGCAUGAGUGGAUCUCGCCUCGGUGACCUCUGGGUGCUAGACGUGGACAGCAUGUCUUGGUCACGUCCAGAAGUUGGAGGGCCUGCACCACUUCCCCGAUCCCUCCACACUGCAACAGUGAUCGGACAACACAUGUACGUGUAUGGAGGUUGGGUGCCUUUAGUCCCUGAUGAAUCUAAACUUGCCACUCAUGAAAAAGAAUGGAAAUGCACUAACACUCUUGCAUCACUCAAUCUAGAAAAUAUGACAUGGGAUAACAUUGCAUUGGAUAAGUUUGAAGAGUGCGUACCUAGAGCUAGAGCCGGUCACAGCGCUGUCGCCAUUCAGACAAGGCUGUACAUUUGGUCUGGACGUGACGGAUACAGGAAAACUUGGAACAAUCAAAUCUGCUGUAAAGACCUUUGGUAUUUGGAAGUCGGAGUUCCGCCGCAAGCAGGCCGCGUGGCGCUCGUGCGCGCCGGCACCACGUCGCUGGAGCUGUGCUGGCCCGCGAUGAACACCAUCACGACUUACGUCCUUCAAGUGCAGAAGUGCGGCAAGGUGACCCCGGCGCGCUUCCCGGCCACCGCCGAGCCCGUGGCCGCGCCGCCGCCGGCGUCUCCGGUGACCCCGCAGCCCGACGCAGCCAGCAAAGCCUUCGGUCUCACGUCGCCCGUGUCCACCGGUUUGCCGCCCACGCCGGCGGACAUUCCCGCGCGGCCCGUCGCGGUCGCCGCGUCGCCUGUCGCCACCCCGAUCGUCUCUACGCCACAAAAAAUCGUCUCCGGACCUAUCAAAGUCCCGACGCAACCGACCGCCGUCAAAAUAUCUCCUCAUACGCCCACUCAGAAAAUCACUACUUAUCAAGGCAAAACUGUGGUCAAGUCUCCUGCACCAGGUUCCUCGCAACAGAUCAAAGUCGCCGCUGUUACUCCUCAAGGCGUCACCAGAAUCGUCAGCGGUGUCGCCACUCCGACAACCGUUCGAGUGUCGACGGCGCAAUCGAACGCACAGAUCGUCCUCAGUUCCGGUACCGCCGGCGCGGUCACGCCUAGGUUCGUGCAAGUGAAGACUGGCGGGAGCGGCGCCGUUCCGGUCAAGCUGGGAGCGGGAAACGUCCCAGUCAAACUGGCCGGCGGUGCGGUGCCGCUGAAAAUCGGCACGGCCAACUUGCAGGGUAAGAUAGCGACGAACAGCGUACAGAAAGUGGGUCAAGUCGCCACAACGAACGUACCAUUAAAACUCGGCGCCGGAAACGUGAAGAUCGGCACGAGCAACGUGCUAGUGAAGACGGCGGGCGGCGUGCCCAUACAGGCGGGCGUCGCGAACCUGCAGACCAAGGUCGCGGCUGGAGUGCCGGUCAAACUGGGCGCGGGCAACCUGCCAGUGAUCGCGAGCAGCGGAGGCGCCAUCCAGAUCGCGGGCGGGGCGCUGGGCGGGCAGAAGACGCCGGUGUACAAGAUCGUGACGGCCAAGUCCGGCGAGCAGACGGCGACGGUGGCGACGUCCGCGGGCGCGGCCGCCGGCACCACGGUGCUGCGGCAGGCGGGCGGCAACGCCGGCAUCCCCGUCAUCAUCAAGAAGACGCCCGGCGCGAACGCGCAAGCGAGCAACGCGCCGCAGUACGUGACCCUGGUGAAGACGUCGACGGGGAUGACGGUGGCGACGGUGCCGAAGAUGGCGAUGAUGCAGAACCGGGCGGUGGCGCCGGCGAGCGCGGGGCAGGCGCAGAACAUCGCGCCCGGCGCCACCAUCGUGAAGCUGGUGUCGGCGAACACGGUGGGCGGGAACAAGAUCAUCACGCUGCCGUCCAACAUGCUGCAGCUGGGCAAGGCGGGCGUGGGCGGCAAGCAGACCAUCGUCAUCACCAAGUCGGCCAGCCAGGCCGCGCCGCCCAGCCAGCCGCAGUGAGCCGGCUCCCGGCGCGGGACUGCAGUGUUCGUGGCGCCCGUCCGUGCGAGGUCGCGGUGGCGACGGCCGUAACAGCAGUGGUAUGACGAAUGUAAAUUUUAAUGUGAAACACUAAAGUGAGUCGGUUGAACUGUAAUGAUAGUAUAUUUUAAAAUCAUAAUUAUUAUAGUUAUAUGAGUUUUUGUAUGUUACAUGGGUCUGUGUAGAAAGUGUCCUCAUAGAGUUUUUCUAAAAUAUUUUAUUUACUCUCUUAAAAUUAAUAUUAUUGAUAGAAUAUAAUUAAAUAUUCGUGUCUAAUGUACACACUGAGUGAAGCCAUUUCAUGAUCUGUCAUGCUGUAGCUGUUUGUUGUAUCUUGUCUUGUGAAGCACAUCAUUUCCUGCACUUUCAAUGUUACAGAAAUCUUGAUAAAUGUACUACUAUUUUUAUUUAACCAACUUAUGCUAAAGUGCCUGUUGUGUGCAGUCUACAUAGUUAUGAAUAAUGCUUAGAUUUUAAAGUAAACUGGAUUACAUCAAAUAAUAAUAUACAUAGAUUUUAAUAAUGUUUUAAUAGAAGAAAAUAAUAGAUUGUGUAUGAAGCUCAAAAUUAUAUUUUUUAUGGAUGGUAUACCUCGUAGAUGCCUUAAAUUCAUUCUUUGAUUGUGGCCACUGUGAACAAAAUUUUGUAUUACAUAUCAUUGUGAAAUUUUGUUCCAUUGAUUAGUCUUCCGUGACUUAAUUUUCCAAAGAGCUGUCAAAGUUUCAUUUCAGUAAUUUGGUUUUAAUCUACGUGCCUGACCAUGUGGGACAAAAACAGUGUGUGGUGAAUUAGAUGCAACAGUUAAUAUAUUAUUAAGUAUCUUAUGUUUUUAUUUGCUGUAUGAACACUAGCAUUAUUCACUAAUAUUUAAAUGAAGUUUAAACUUAUUAUUUCCAGUUGGAAGCUGUAAAAGUAAAGCUAGUUUUAUUAAAUAUGGGUGUGCAAUGAGUGUCCUGCACGUCACAAAGUGAGGUGCUUGAGUGCAGCAAGUAAGAACAUUUGAAUACAGCCUGUUUAUUAGUUAUAGUUGAAUUUCAACAUAAGCACUAUUUAAGUUUUAUAAUGACAAUGUUGUUGAUGUUCCAUUUGGUGUUUUUGAUGGUUGUCUGUGGGUGAAGCUGUCUGUUCCUAUUUUCACAUGUCUGCUCUUGUACCCAGUCACUUGAGGCUAUUUCAAUGGACGGUGGAUCCUGGCAGCCGGUCAACGCAAUAAUGAUGCCUUUUACUAAUGACAUGUGAACUUGUGCCCGCCUCAUUGUAUCAUGUCACUGUACUCAAAAACAUCAACAAAUGGGCAUAAAAUUAACUAUGACAAUGUUAUUGAUAAAUAAUUUAUCAAUAAUUGUUCUGUAAGAAAUAAUUGACAUAAAAAUGCAGAAUAUUGUUUGGUAAGUCCUAUAAUGUAAUCAGAUUGUAUUAGGUCACAAGAUUGUGUCAAAUGUAAUAUUUGAUUAUAUUUUCUAAUUCAUUGAUACAACAAUAAAUUGAGAUCUUGUGAAAUGGUAUUCUGCAUUUCUAUAAAAUAUAGGAUAAGCGUCCUAGAGUUAUGUAUUGUAGAUUAAUCAGUACUGAAGUAAGCGAGGUAUGGAAUGUAAAUAUCAUUAAGUAGAUAAAUUUAAUGUUAUAGUUUGUUCAUAUUAUGUUCAUUUGCUUGAAUAAACGAUUUGGAUAA